UUGACAAGCGUCAUGCCUCGAGCCAUGAUGAGACUUUUUGGGGUGAAAUCUGCCAUGACCUUGGUAUUACAAAUUCCAAGAUAAACAGGACAAGGCUCAAACAUGGCUAUCUUUGAUAUAAAAAGUUAAAUGUGUCAACUAACGUGACCCUGCCCACACCUGAGCCACAUGUCCAGAGUCCUUCAAAAGAGACCACACCACCUGUGGAGAUUGGAUCCACAGUUGUUUCAGAUGAAGAAAAAUCAUCUAGUACUUCACCCAUUCAUUACCACCACCACCUUGUUUUUUCUUCAUUGACCAGAAGGAUUGGCCCAAACUGCACAAAAAACAACACUGCCGUAGAUUUCAAACACUGAACUGGACCUCUGUAAUGGCCAAAGGAAUACGGAGUGUUCAUCCUUACUGCAGUUUUGGAUUUAAGUGCCACAUUGUGAAAUCCAUCAGCUCUAAAAGAAGUGGUCCAGUCUUCACAUGUUAUGGCUAUUGUACUUUUGAUGACUGCCCUGUAGAGGUGGAAAUAAACCUUCAAGAAGAGUCGUCUAUGAAGGCUGAGGUCAUCUUCAGUGAUGAUUUUGUCUGCCACCGAUGGGACCAAAUAAAAAGAUGGCCGGUGCGAGGUGAGGAAAGGGAUGCCCUGUCCCAUACCCUUUCAACCAAACUGCAGAGGACUGUCUUCUUGGAGAGUAUCGAGAGGCUGGAUGACACUGUUGUAGCAUCAGGGUGCCCGGACAACGUCCCUGCAACUGGUGUCAUGAAAACGGUGUCAUGGAGCAAGAAAAAACAAAAAAGAAGACACAGAAAUGAGAUGAUCAGCCUCCAGAAGAUGGUGGCUGAGUAGGAGGCAGAGGCAGAAGGAAGGGUGAUCCAAAACAUCGGUCUUUACCCUAAAAGUGUGAUGCUGUACUCUUUAGAAACACUUAAUAUUUUCUUUGACCGGUGCAAAGAAGAUAUUGUGUAUUUAGAUGCAACAGGCAGCAUUGUACGGAAGGGAAAAGGACAGAUGUCACCCUUCUACGUCUAUGAGUUGGUCGUGAGACACCCAACUAAAGGAUCUUCCCCUCUCCCUGUGGCAACAUAUAUCACAAGUGACCACACCACAGCAUCAGUCUCACAUUUCCUAGGGUCAGUGGUCACAGACUUAAUAAAACAUCAUGGCCGUCAAGCCAAAUCAAGGCCAGUGAUGUUAAUUUGUGACGGUUCAGUGGUUCUGCUGCAUUCACUUGCAUAUAAUUUCUGUGGAGUGAGUCUGCAGGAACUGCUCUGCAGAUAUUUUUCAGUUGUGACUGGACAAGCAACAAAUGAUGCCAUAGGUCUGCCUAUACUCCACCGAUGCUUGAGCCACAUCAUGAAAAAUGCUAAGGAGCUUUGCAGAAAACAUGCCUCCAAGCAUUACCACCUGACAAUGCAUGUGUUUGGAGUCAUGACCCGAGCAUCGACCCUUAAGGAACUGAAUGAAGUUGUCAUCAGCGCUAACGUGGUCUUCUCCAGUUCUCACAGCGGUCAAAAUGUUGAGAAACAUUUUAAAAAUCUACAAAUGCUUCUGACCAAAGCAGGACCAUGUGCUGAGGAUACGUCCAUCAAAGAAGAAAACUAUGAGAACAAUGUUGGAACAACGCCUUUCACACAGCACUUUCAGGAAGUCAUUGAGACGGAAGAAUGUGACCAGGAAGGUGAUGCAAACAUCUACUUUUGUCCAACCUUUAUCCCGACGUUGAUGAAGUAUUUUCUACCUCAGGCUGCCCUAUGGUCUGGCUUACUCCUGGGUGAUCUAGGUCGUCAUGGAUCAGGCCCAGUAUAUGACAGCCUGACAACGAAGUACAGUAGAGCUGCCUGUAAAUCACAGCAGAAUUACACUCUGGACAACAAAACCCAGGGAAUAAUGGAAAAAAGCCAGUGGGACCUCAAACAGAUCCGUUUCCAGCAUAAGAACAUGACCAGACUCGAUGACUUUGUGGACACCUACAAAGUCACACUCAAGGCCCUAUUGAGGGAGUAUGCUGACUCCCAGAGGAGAAAGAAGAAGACACAUCGGGUGGACGUGGAACGCUGGAAGAGCAGGAAACAGUCAAAACGAGGGGUGUAUGUGUCUCCACUGAACAAGCCUUUUAUUUAUAAACAACAGAAGAAGAAGGUCACAGAACUGUGGGGGAAAAAGAGACACAGAAGUGGUCGUUUCUGUGGUGCCCUCUCAAUUAGGGAACAACUUUGUUUAUCCACCACAGUGAGUUCAACACACUAAGACCUCACCAGUGGCUUGUAGGCGAGGUCAUCGAGUCCCUACUUCACCACACUGCCAGGAAAUUGAAUUUGGGAAGCAUCAUUUACGUUCUGAGCCAUUAUGUGGCUGGUGUGAUCCUCUUUGGUAAGAGGGAAGAAGUGAGGAGACAAACUAUGUCAAAGGUAAUAUUUUUCUCAGGUACAAAAACAGAG